CUGGAAAGGUAUCAAAGGUCAGGGGUUGGCCCUUUCUCUGCUGCCAUAGACUACGUGCCAGUAGAAGGGAUGGGGGGGAGGGUCACAUGACUUUGUUCCCUCAGUAACAAGCAGUGUUUUUUUAGGUAGAAAUCGUGCCUCUCGUUCUAAUCUAGUCUGCCGGCAGCUCACGUAGGGACAGACCUCUGGAGGAUACAUCGGCUCAGUGCAGGAGACAAGGCGGCCAUCAUGGUGGACUUCAUGGAUAUCUGUGAAUCCAUACUUGAAAGGAAGAGGCAUGACAGCGAGAGGUCCACGUGCAGCACUUUAGAGCAGAAUGAUUUUGAAGCGGUGGAAGCGCUGGUGUGCAUGAGUUCUUGGGGACAGCGAUCACAUAAAGGAGAGGUGCUCAAGAUGAGGCCUUUAACUCCUGCUUCAGACUCGUCCGACUUCAUCAUGCAUUGCGACUCUGCACAGCAGCUGGCCAAAGAUUAUCAUUCCAUCUCUAUGCUGUGCAUGACCCCACCACGCAGCCCUGAGUUUGCAGAACCUUGCAUUACACUCCCACCUGCCUCCCAAGUGACGUAUUGCAAGCCAGUAACUGUCAUGUCAAGCAGUUCUGCCUGUUCAGUUAGCUCUUCGAGUGUGGACAAGCCACUGGUUUCAAGCAUCCCCAAACUACCUUCUCCGGUGGUGGAAGUAUCUACGCCAUGCAGAGCAAUGGCCACCAGCGUGAUACGCCACACAGCCGACAGCUCUCCUUUCCGUUAUGUACCUGAGGCACCAGCACAAGCAAAAGUACCAGCAUCUAAAUGCACUGCCGCAAAUAAACACAAGUCUGAUCAUUCCAAACCUCCUGAAGAAGCACCAGCCCCCCAGAACCCUUUCCACAUGCUGCAUCGCCCUCAGCCCAAACACCCGUGUACUGACAAUACAGAUGCAGGCAGCCAGCAGUCAUUUGAAAGUGAUCAGUCUAAAGACAUCAACCAGUUUCUUCCUAUUUCUGUUCCUGUCUCCAGCCCCCCAGUGCUCUGUCAGAUGAUUCCAGUUACUGGCCAGGCAGGCGUUAUUUCUGCCUUUAUUAAGCCUCAUUCCCAGCCCAGUUCUAAUUUAGUAAAACCUAUUCUCCCCCAGUCUUCCCCUGUUUCCCAGCCAGUGCUCAUGGGAGCUCCAGUGUCUCAGGGUGCUUUAAUGCUUGUGCUUCCUCAGGCUCCCAUCCCACAGUCCCCGCAUCAGUGUCCACAGACUCUCAUGGCUGUAGGUAACACCAAGCUACUCCCUCUUGCUCCUGCCCCUGUGUUUAUCGCUUCAGGACAGAGCAGCCCCCCCCAAAUGGACUUCUCUAGAAGGCGCAACUAUGUCUGCAACUUUUCUGGGUGCAGGAAGACCUACUUCAAAAGCUCCCACCUAAAGGCACACCUUCGCACACACACAGGGGAAAAGCCGUUCAGCUGUAACUGGGAAGGCUGCGAUAAGAAAUUUGCUCGCUCCGAUGAACUUUCCAGGCACAGAAGAACUCACACUGGGGAAAAGAAAUUUGCCUGCCCCGUGUGCGAACGCAGAUUUAUGCGCAGCGAUCACCUCACAAAACAUGCCCGGCGGCACCUGACUACAAAGAAAGUGCCCACCUGGCAAACAGAAGUUGGGAAGCUGAACAGAAUCUCAGACAAAAUACAAAGCUCCGGGCCAUCACUCAGCAUGUUAGUGUCUAUGCCCGCUCCUGUCUAAAACUGUGUGAGCCAAUUGAAAGCUCUGAAACUCUCUGAAGCUCCAAAGACUUCAGCUUUACCCACCAAUGUCCCUUCCAGUGUAACGCUGUGUGACACAACUUCUAAACAAUGCAAGUUUUUUGUUUUGCUAACCUCACUUACAAUGGCACCGCAUCUUGUUCUGGCAAUAAGCAAAGACUUUACUUCCAGCAAGCCUGCUGCAUUUUGAGCAGACACUGCUUCCUUGACUUUCUACGUUAUGAGCAGAAACCAUAUAUAUGUAUGUAUGUAUAUAUAUAUAUAUCUCUGCAUUUCAGGCUUUGUAGCAACUUCAGGGCAUGUUUAUAUGGGAAGCAAAAUAAAGAUCCUGAUCAAUAUUCAUUGUGGCAAAAUGCAUCUGUGCACAGAAUUCAAGGAAGUACUAGGCAAGCUUUAAGGAGGAAAUGGUUGGCUUGGACCAUAGGAUUUCAUUAAAUAAAGUUUAUACUAAGGCCCCUUGCACAAGCGAUUUCAGGUGUUCUGGCAAUCCAGUUUAUUUCUCAUUCCAAACACCAGAAAUUCCACCCCGGAUUGCUGGUAAUAGAGGUGGUUGAACGACCAGAACUAGCAAUUUCGAAUAGGAAAAUCCCAAAAAAGCUACAUGUGUUAAAGCCCUAAGGUAAGUUCACGUAAGCACAGCAAGGACUAGUCUGUGUUGCUUAUGGGAACCUGCAUUAAAUGAAAAUUCAACCCAAAAAAAAAAAAAAAA